UCGGCUGGUAGCCUAAAUGGAUCAAACCUGAAAACUAGAGAGAGAGAGAGAGAGAGAGAGAGAUGGCAGAGCUGUUCCUUAAGCAGGCGGAGAAUUACGCGGAGGGUCGGCCUAGUUACCCUCCAGAAUUGUUUGAAUUCAUUGCUUCCAAGACACCCUCUCAAGACCUUGCGUGGGACGUCGGCACCGGGAACGGUCAGGCUGCUCGAUCGCUAGCUGGGAUCUACAAGAAUGUGAUAGCCACAGAUACAAGCCCAACACAGCUCUCAUUGGCGCCAAGGCUACCCAAUAUAAGAUACCAACACACCCCUCCCACCAUGUCUAUAGCCGAGGUUGAAAGCAAUGUUGCUCCUGAAUCAAGCAUCGAUGUUGUGACUAUUGCCGUGGCCCUCCACUGGUUCGACCUCCCUAAUUUCUACCAGCAAGUGAAAUGGGUACUCAAAAAACCUGGUGGUGUCGUAGCUGCAUGGACCUACUUCACCCCAGAAGUUAAUGACUCGGUUGACGCAGUCCUCCAACGCUAUUACAACAAUGCUGCGGAACCCUAUUGUGAACCUGCAGUUAAAUUAGCGAAGGACAAGUAUAGAAGCAUCCAUUUUCCAUUUGAGCCAGUGGAUGGAGUUGAUCACACUGGGCCAUUUCAGUUUGCAACUGAAAAAUUGAUGGAUUUAGAUAAUUAUUUUACUUACUUAAGAUCGUGGUCAGCGUAUCAAACAGCGAAGGAGAAGGGUGUGGAGCUUUUGAGCGAUGAUAUGGUUGAGCAAUUUAAGCGUGCUUGGAGUACUGAAGAUGGACAAGACAAGAAGGUUGUAAAGUUUCCUUUUAGUUUAAGGAUUGGAAGGGUGGGGAAUUUGUAAAAUCAAAAGACUAGCUUAGAGCCAUUGUGGCUCAUUUUAUAGGGAAUUGAACUAAACCAUUUGGUUUCAAAGGAUUGAUGGAACCAUCUCCUUGGUCAAUGAUUCUGGAAGCAAUAUAUAUCAAUUGUGUUUGUCACAUUGCCAUUUUAUAUAAUGGAAUUCUGCUAUUGAACGCUA